GUUCAAUAAACUUUUCAAAUAACCAUCUGGCAAAGAAAAUCGAUGAAAUGGUUCCUACGAUCGAGGUUCCUAAAAUUAUGACUCCUGUUAUUACUAGUGUAAUGACUCCUACGAUUGCCGCUCCUACGAUUGAGGUUCCUAAAAUUAAGGAUCCUAUACCUACUAGUGAAAAGACUCCUAACGCACUAAUACCACCAACAGCUAAAACAACGGGAAGCACCAUACUUUUAUGUAGAAAUGUUAUCAAAUUUACUCUUUAAAAACAAAAACAACGGGAGUUUAACAGACAAUUUUGCAUUUAUAUUAAAAUAUCUGCACACGCAAUUUUACACAAGAAUAUCCAUCCUGAUUUAGAUUUAAAAAUCUUUAUUCACAUGGUAAUUAUCUUCUCAAUUGUUCCCACACAUCUAAAACUUG